GGGCAGUCCUUCUUCGGCUCCCUCUUCUUCGCUUCUCUAGCGUCUGUCCUCUUCGGCCCCCUCUCUAUGCCGCACUGCCUAAUUAGAAAGGGUGGUCCGGCGGUUGAGCCUGGCGCUGUCCUGAGAGGGAGGGCUCGGUGUGGAAGAGAUGAACCGGACAAAAGGUGACGAGGAGGAGUAUUGGAACAGCUCCAAGUUCAAGGCUUUCACUUUCGAUGAUGAAGAUGAUGAGCUCUCACAGUUAAAGGAAUCCAAACGGGCCGUGAAUAGCCUUCGAGACUUCGUAGAUGACGACGAUGACGAUGACCUGGAACGAGUCAGCUGGACUGGAGAACCUGUGGGAAGUAUCUCAUGGUCCAUCAAAGAGACUGCUGGGAAUAGUGGGUCAACCCCUGAGGCACGCGAGCAGCUAAAGGGCCGAAGUAGCUUCUACACACAGCUACCUAAACCUGCUUCCACCUACUCCCUGAGCAGCUUCUUUAGAGGCAGAACUAGACCUGGGAGUUUCCAGUCCCUUUCUGAUGCUCUGUCAGACACCCCUGCCAAAAGUUAUGCUCCAGAGGUGGGGAGACCUAAGGGAGAAUACAGGGAUUACAGCAAUGACUGGAGCCCCAGUGAUACAGUGCGACGCCUCCGCCGGGGCAAGGUCUGCUCACUAGAGCGAUUCCGCUCCUUACAGGACAAGCUGCAGCUCCUCGAAGAGGCAGUAAACAUGCAUGAUGGAAAUGUCAUCACUGCAGUUCUGAUCUUCCUGAAAAGAACCCUGAGCAAAGAGAUCCUUUUCCGAGAGCUGGAGGUACGCCAAGUCGCCCUGAGACAUCUCAUUCAUUUCCUUAAGGAAGUAGGGGACCAAAAGCUGCUGUUAGAUCUCUUCAGGUUCCUAGACAGAACAGAAGAGCUGGCGCUAUCCCAUUAUCGAGAGCAUUUGAACAUUCAGGACCCUGAAAAACGAAAAGAAUUUCUUAAGACCUGCAUUGGUUUACCGUUUUCAGCAGAAGAUUCUGCACACAUCCAAGACCAUUACACGCUCCUGGAACGGCAGAUCAUCAUUGAGGCAAAUGAUCGACACCUAGAAUCUGCAGGGCAGACCGAGAUCUUCCGCAAGCACCCCCGGAAAGCAUCCAUUCUCAACAUGCCUCUCGUGACGACACUCUUCUACGCCUGCUUCUAUCACUACUUGGAGUCCGAGGGGACCUUCAGCAGUCCUGUCAACCUGAAGAAGACAUUCAAGAUCCCAGACAAGCAGUAUGUGUUGACAGCCUUGGCUGCUCGUGCCAAGCUUCGCGCCUGGAAUGACGUUGACGCCCUCUUCACCACAAAGAACUGGUUAGGUUACACCAAGAAGCGAGCACCCAUUGGCUUCCAUCGAGUCGUGGAAAUUUUGCACAAGAACAGUGCCCCUGUCCAGAUAUUGCAGGAAUAUGUUAACCUGGUGGAAGAUGUGGACACAAAGUUGAACUUAGCCACUAAGUUCAAGUGCCAUGAUGUUGUCAUUGAUACCUGCCGAGACCUGAAGGAUCGUCAGCAGUUGCUUGCAUACAGGAGCAAAGUGGAUAAAGGAUCCCCUGAGGAAGAAAAAAUCGACGCCAUUCUCAGCAGCUCGGUAAGUACUUCCUCUUACCCUCUAGUGAGCCUAGGAGACCAGUCACUAAGUAGCACCAAGUGUAUGAUCCCAAGCCCUAGGCGGGUGCACUUAGCUGAACCACGUGGAUACAAGACUCACCUGUGGGCUGAAGUGACUGGAGAGCUAUGUUGA